AAAGAGAACUUAAUUGGUAGUUUUAUUGAUAAGAGAAGAUUGAUAAGAGAAGGGUCGAAGCUCAGGGGCUGCCUGCAGUGAAAUCCCACCCCCACUCCAGUCAGUUUGUUAAAAGUCACCCCAUGGCAAGGCUGGUCCUGUCUGUCUGACUCCAAAGCCAUCUUGGGAUUUAACCAUUCAAUCUGCAUUCUGGAAAGAAGAUGGAAUCAGUUCUUUACCUGUUGAAAAAGUCAAGGAGGCAUUGUUGUUCACCGAAUUGCCCUCUGAAUCAUGGAAAUGUCUUGGGUUGAAUUUCCAAGAGGUCUCCCAGUGUUCUGGAUCAUGCAGCAUGGAACGAAGCUGGCAAAAUCCUAUGGGGACAUCUUUACUAUAUGGUUUGGUUCGACCCCUGUGAUCAUACUGGAUGGGUUUCAAGCCGUGAAGGAUGGUCUCACCACCCACCCGGAAGACGUUGCCGGCCGCCCUGUGUUUCCUUUUUUCAGAGCUCUGGCAAAUAAUAAAGGUCUCUUGCUGUCUACGGGUAGCACGUGGAAGCACCAGAGGAAAUUCUCGCUGAUCACUCUAAAGAGCCUGGGUUUGGGGAAGAGCAGCCUGGAGUACCAGAUUGAAGAGGAAGCCCGUCGCCUGGUGGAGAUUUUUAGGAACACUCAAGGAAACCCCAUGAAUCCAUCUUUCGCUCUGACUCUUGCUGUUUCAAAUGUGAUUUGUGCCGUGGUGUUUGGACAUCGCUUCUCCACUGAGGACAAAACCUUUCAUGAACUGCUGGAAGCCAUGGAGUCUAUAUUCAAAUUUGCUGGCAGUUUGGGUCAUAAUAUAUAUAAUGUUCUGCCCUGGCUUAUACGACAUAUCCCAGGACCUCACAAGAAGGCACUGUCCGCCCGUGACUUUGUGUGUUCAUUCAUAAAGAAGGAGAUUACCAAGCACCGAGAUGCAGGAGUUCUAGAUGACCCACAAGACUUCAUUUAUAGUUACCUUGUUCAGAUACAGAAAACAAAAGACCAGCCCAAACCAGCUUAUGAUGAAAGCAAUAUGAUCCAGUGUAUAUUUGACCUCUUCUUGGGUGGGACAGAGACGUCCAGCACCACCCUCUGCUGGGCUCUCCUGUAUAUGGUGCUUUAUCCAGACAUCCAAGCAAAAGUCCAGAAGGAGAUUGAUGCAGUUGUGGCUCCAGGCCAAAUGAUCCGCUGUGAGGAUCGCAAGAAUCUGCCCUACACUAAUGCUGUGGUUCAUGAGGUCCAACGCUUCAGCAACAUUAUCGCAAUUGGGUUGCCCAGGUUAUGCGUGAAGGAUACAGUGAUCCGAGAGUUUCUCAUUAGAAGGGGCACGGUCCUUUUGCCAAGCAUGGCUUCUGCCUUGUAUGAUCCCAAUGAAUGGACGACACCUCAGAAGUUCAACCCGGGCCACUUCCUUGACAAGGACGGAAAUUUCAUCUGCCAGGAAGCCUUCAUACCAUUUUCUUUAGGGCAGCGAGUAUGCUUGGGAGAUCAUUUGGCCAAGACGGAGCUGUUUCUUUUCUUCGCCAACCUUCUUCAGGCGUUCACAUUCCACUUGGCAGAAGGAACGAAAGACGUGAACACAGAGCCAGUCUUAGGGGGCACUUUGCAGCCUCACUACUUUGAGAUCUGCGCUGUCCCUCGAUAGACCUUGUGGCUCUUAGUGCAUCUGUGUAGAAAUAGUUGCAGGGUGGCCAUGGAGUGUGCUGUCAACCCAAGAGUGCAGUCUUCUGGUGCAGGAUUUUUGUCGCUUCUUCAGAAUCCUGAGAAUCAAAACUUUCUUCUUCAGACAAAGAAUAAGUUUCUAGCUCUCAUGAUUGCAAAGGAAAAGCCUCCCAUGUCCCUGCAAAUAGGGGCUGAGUGCAGAGCCUAAGGUGUAGCCUCAACAUUAUGCAGCUCUCCUGUCUUGCCUUUUGACCACUGGCUCCCAGUUAGACAUCCCUAUCUGGGCUCUCUCUUCCAGCCUCACCUGACAUCAUUCCAGGCCUUAAUGAAUACCAUUCCAGCCUCCUCUGCAAAACUGGGAGGACAACACAUACAAAGAUGAAAGCUUUGAAAUUAAUCUGUUCCACAUUUCCUCUAUUGUGUAACAGAGAACUGUGUUUACUUUUCUGGGGUUUUUUUCUGCACAGAAAAUUACUUCCUUACUCUGAUCUACUACAGGAUGCUAAAGAUCUUCAUCAGCCAUAUGGAUUUGGUCCUGUACAUGCCCUGAUGAGGUGAUUUAGCUCUUGGAAAUGCCUCUUUGUUAACAUCAAGACAUCACUCACAACCAUUUUUCUUCUGCUACAAAGUAGUCCAGCCAUAACAUGAUUUCUUACUUGGAUUGGCAUGAGGGAUGGGGGCGAAUAUCUGCUAAAUCAGGGUUAGUACCAGAUUCCGACUGAAUUCGACAGUCCACUGUCUUUUUGGACAGCACUGAUUUCUUCUGGUGCGCUGUGGCUGUAAUCGGCACGGAUGUUUUUGCAGGAGGCCGCAGCUGUAAUCAUCAUGGAUUUCCCCCCCUGAUUUUAUGCAAUUAUGUUUGUAAUUUCAUCUAAGUUGAUGCAUACGUAACAGUGUGUAGCUGUGAUAAAUAGGGGGAAAUAAACCACAUGGAACACCCUGAUCAUUUACGUUAAAAAUUACGCAUUUUUUUUUUGCAACCAAAAACACACACACAGAACCAACAGAUCAAAUCGGCAAGUGCCAAAGCAAGCAGGAACAAAGAAGGGGCAGAAUGGGAUGGAACAACAGGCUAUCGGAAUACAAGCGGAUUGGAACUAGGCACUGAACCCCAUCCUUAAUUGGCACGGGCAUGUUAAAAGCAGGCACCCAGGCCAUAUUAAAGGGGUAUGCUUCAGAAUACCAGUU